AUGAACGACGAGUUGCAUCCUAUUAUGGACAUGGAGGCGGUCGCCAGGCGAAGGCCGUUAGGAGAAAGCAAAGGGUUACGACGAGAUCGGCUGGCUUCUAUCAGCUCCUCUGGGUACUCGGACGCGUCAUCUGUAGAUGAGGCAACCAGUACUGCUUUGGACUUGCCACCCCACCUUCGCGAUCAUUUAGUGAGUGUGGCACAUCGAAAUUUGCCACCAGUGGCGUCGCUAGAAGGCGAGCGCUUGCCUCCAAUUGACCACAUGCGUCCUCCACCCAUGCGCAUUCCGUUGCUUCCUGAAAAUAUGAAGAUGGAGCCAAUACCAGGCAUUAAUCAACGCCGCCAGACGAAACGCGUGAUUGUGUGUGGCGCUGGCAUCAUCGGGCUGACAACUUGUUAUUAUCUGUCAAAACACGGCCAUGAAGUUCUUUGUGUAGAGAAAGAACGAGGCGUAGGCACACAAGUGAGUCUCUGCGACGGGGCCUUCUUAGACCCAGCUCUUUACGCGAGUUGGUCCGAUGUGGCAAAUUUGCGCAAGGGAACCGCUCCAGGUAGAAGGAACGCCAUGACUCGACCGUUAUCCUCUACUGCCACAAUGGCGGCAGAUGGCAACAGUGUCACUGUCACAGGAGGGCCUGCUGCAGCAGCUGCCUCUCGAUUGUCUACAGAUGGUGCAAGUGUUGCACGUCCAAAGAAGUCAUUACGUGAGAAGCCCAUCAAAAUUGAAAUGUCGGCUUUGCGGGACACAAAAUUUUGGAAGUGGGGACUUCAGUUUUGGCACAAUUCGAAAAAAGGGCGUUCGAACGAACAUAGUCGUACUAUUCGCGAACUUGGGUUUUAUAGCAUGUUAAAACUUCGAGAGCUGCAGGUAAAUACUAAAAAAGGUGAUAUCGUUAUGGAUCAAACAGCGCAAGGCACUAUUGAGAUUUUCAAGCAUCCCAGCGAGUUGGAGAUGACAAUGGAAAGCGAUCGUAGUGCCCAUUUGUCGGAAUUGGGUAUGGAUUUGCAGCCGCUUCAUGCCGUGCAAGCUCGCAACUUGGAACCUGCAAUGCGAUCUGAAGUAUUUGAUCCAGGAGCUAUUUUGUCAGCUUUUGGCACAAGUGGAGAUGUACAUAAAAUGUGUCAAUCCCUUUAUCGUCUUUGCAUGCGACAAGGUGUGAUGUUUCGAUUCAAUACGGAUGUGCAACAUAUUUUGACCGACAAGGCGUCUAUCAUUGCGUUGCAGACAAGGAGGGGGUCUCUGAUUGAAGGGGACGAGUUUGUGUUGGCACUUGGCAAUUCGACUGCUUUAGUGGCCAAACGAGCAGGCGUCAAAUUAGAUAUAUAUCCAGUUAAAGGUUAUGUGCUCUCCGUACCAGUUGCUUCUGGUUUUCGAGCGCCAAUUCACAAUAUUUUUGCGGGUGGCCAGGUCCUCAUCGCACCUUUGGGCAAAUCAUUAGUGCGUAUUUCGGGAGGUGUGGAUUUUGUGAGUCAGAAAAAGACGGAUCAAGAAUCACCGCGGGAGGAGAAAAAGCGGCACGAUUGGCUGCUAGCUCAAGCCAAGCUUGUGUUCCCAGAUGGGUAUUUGGACGUGGCAAAGAUGCAAUCGCACACUUGUUGGCGUCCAGGAACAGCAGAUGGAGUGCCGCUUGUAGGUCGUACCAAGAUUCGGAAUCUGUACGUGAAUGCAGGGCAUGGCUCCAAGGGUUGGACUCUAUCAUUUGGGGCAGGGGCAAUUCUUGCUGAUGAAAUCAGUGGCUUUCAACCUCAGUUGGAGAUCAGCAAAUUUGCACCGGACAGAUUCGGCUUUUUUGGCUAA